CUGAAAAUCCUUCUUGAUCGCCCAAAAGCGAGAAAUGAGGUCCGACUUCACAUGAUGUGUGCGGCACACCCCAACAUUGUCCAGAUUAUUGAAGUCUACGCGAACAGUGUACAGUUCCCCCAUGAGUCCAGUCCAAGGUCUCGACUGCUAAUUGUAAUGGAGAUGAUGGAAGGGGGUGAGCUGUUUCACAGAAUCAGCCAACAUCGGCACUUUACUGAGAAACAAGCAAGUGAAGUAACAAAGCAGAUCGCUUUGGCUUUGCAGCACUGUCAUUCUUUAAACAUUGCCCAUCGAGACCUGAAACCUGAAAAUCUUCUUUUCAAAGAUAAUUCUUUGGAUGCUCCCGUGAAGCUCUGUGACUUUGGGUUUGCCAAGAUCGACCAAGGUGACCUGAUGACACCACAGUUCACUCCUUAUUACGUAGCACCUCAGGUUCUGGAGGCACAAAGACGGCACCAGAAAGAAAAGUGUGGUAUUAUCCCUACCUCACCAACCCCAUACACUUAUAACAAGAGCUGUGACUUAUGGUCCCUGGGGGUCAUCAUUUACGUGAUGCUGUGUGGGUACCCACCCUUCUACUCGAAGCAUCACAGUCGGACGAUUCCGAAGGACAUGAGGAAAAAGAUCAUGACGGGGAGCUUUGAGUUCCCGGAGGAAGAGUGGAGCCAGAUCUCAGAAAUGGCAAAAGACAUUGUGCGCAAGCUGCUGAAGGUGAAGCCAGAGGAGAGACUGACGACAGAAGGCGUUCUGGAUCACCCAUGGCUCAACUCGACCGAGGCGCUCGAUAACAUUCUGCCUUCUGCCCAACUAAUGAUGGACAAGGCCAUGGUUGCCGGCAUCCAGCAGGCCCACGCAGAGCAACUGGCAAACAUGAGAAUACAGGAUCUCAAAGUCAGCCUGAAGCCCCUGCAUUCAGUCAACAACCCGAUCCUGCGCAAGAGGAAACUGCUGGGAACAAAACCAAAGGAAAACGUGUACAUCCAUGAUCCUGAGAACAGCAACGUUGCUCUGGAGAAGCUACGGGAUGUGAUUGCUCAGUGCAUCCUGCCACAGGCUGGUAAAGGAGAAAACGAAGAUGAGAAACUGAAUGAAGUUAUGCAGGAAGCUUGGAAGUAUAACCGGGAAUGUAAAUUACUCAGAGACACCCUGCAGACUUUUAGCUGGAAUGGCAGAGGGUUCACAGACAAAGUGGACCGGCUAAAACUGGCAGAAAUAGUGAAGCAAGUUAUUGAAGAGCAGACGGCUUCUCACGAGUUGCAGUAGCUGGAGCUGCUUGUUCUUAUCCAGU